GCAACGCUCACUUGAGCAAGAAGACACACACACUGAGUGAGGCUUUUACUCUCUUGCGCUUCAUUGGCGUGAACACAUUUGAUUCUCUGACUGAUGAUCUUUACUGCAGGGCGUGAUUAGCGAGCUUUUCCCGAGCAUCACGAUAGAGGGUCGCCUCACAUGGGAGUGUGUGACCGCGCGCGUGAGGGUGUGUGUUCAGGCCGCUGGCCAUCACCCGCUCUUCCCGGACAGGCAUGGCGGGGGUCCGAGAGCGCGGCUCCCGUGCACAGAGGCCGUGGUCGGUGUACCGGGCCAGCACAUUUGAGCUGUCCAGCGAGAUGAUCGGCUUGGCUCUCGCAGGAAACAGUCAGGACCCAGAUGAGCCGGUGCUGGAGUUCAGCGUGGCCUGCACUGGGUUGCUGACUCCUGCUGUGGACCGGAAACCCAACAGCUUCGUAGCAGUGAGCUGCACGACACCACCGCAGGCCUUCUGGACCAAACACGCCCAGACCGAAGUCAUCGAGGGCACCAGUAACCCCAUCUUCCUCAGCAGCGUCGCCUUCUUCCAGGAGUCCAACAUCAACCAGCAGACGCAGGUGAAGGUCGCCGUCUACGAUGUCAAGGACCGCUCGCAGGGCACGAUGUACAUGUUGGGCUCUGCUCUUUUUCCUGUUAAAGAGUUGUUGCAGGAGAGGAGCCACAGAUUACAGCUGGAACUGAGAUCAGCAGAGAACCAGCGGGUGGGGAACAUCACCGUCGCUGCCUGGCAGACGGAGGAGAGGGCGGAUCAGAGGAUGUUGGUCGGCCGCCUGCCAGACCGCAUCACCGGACGGACGAUGCUGCCUGUCGACGAAAGCCUCACAGAGUCGAUGGGAGUCCGGAUAAAGUAUGCCUCGCUAUGCAAAGACACUCUGCUGCGCUCAGUGUUCGGGGGCACGAUGUCCCGGAUGUACCGCUUCCCCACCACCGAUGGGAACCACCUACGGGUGCUGGAGCAAAUGGCCGAGAGCGUCCUCUCUUUGAACAUCCCUAGACAGUUUGUCAAACUGCUGCUGGAGGAGGACGCAGCCAGGGUGUGUGAGCUGGAGGAACUGGGAGAGUUAUCGCCCUGCUGGGAGAAUCUGAGGCGACAGAUUGUCUCUCAGUACCAGACAAUAAUACUUGCAUACCAGGAAACGCUGUCAGACCUCAACAACUACCGAGGUCCAUCGUUCAAAGCCAGCAACCUGAAGGCGGAGAGGAAGCUCGAGUUCAUGCCGACCAACCUGCACGUGCAGAGGAUGAGGGUUCAGGACGAGCUGGGCUUCGAACACACGUACGACGUGAUUACCAUCGGGGCUCCAGCGGCUCACUGCCAGGGCUUCAAAAACAGCGGUUUGAGGAAACUCAUUCAGAAGUUUGAGGAGGCAAAGAAACACAGCGCCCUCUCCAGCUCUCAAUCCAUCGUCUACAUACCUCAGGACAUCGUCCGAGCCAAAGAGAUCAUCGCCCACAUCAACACGCUGAAGACUCAAGUCAGCUACUACGCGGAGAGGCUAUCCCGAGCCGCCAAGGACCGAUCGGCCAGCGGAGUGGAGCGGACGCUCGCCAUUCUGGCCGAUAAGACUCGUCAGUUGGUGACGGUGUGCGACUGCAAGCUGCUGGCUUCUGCUAUUCAGGCCCUCAACGCAGCGCGGCCCGAGUACGUCGCCUCCGAGGCAUCUCCUUCCGCUGACUCGGAACAAGUAGUCCUGCGCAAUGACCAGGACACGCUGCUCGCCAAGUGGAGCGGCUCCAACAGCCGAUCCUCGCUGCACGUGGACUGGCAUGAAGAGGAGUGGGAGAAGGUCUGGGUGAACGUGGACAAGUCUCUGGAGUGCAUCAUCCAGCGUGUGGACAAGCUACUUCAGAAGGAGAGGAGGCCCAGCGUCAGCAGUCAGGACAGUACCCAAUCUGACCUGCAGGGCGGCGCCAAUACGAAAGGUGAAGGAAAAAGACGAGCUUUCUGGAUCAACCCAGAAAGUAUGCCACAGGAAUCUCCAUCAUUACCAUCAUCAUCAUCACCACCACCAUCCUCUUCCUCUCUGCCUGCCCUUUCCUCUGCACAGGAAUUUUAUGGGAGCCCCAGUGCUGAGGAGGCCUACCCGGGCGAGUGGAGCGAGGCCUUGUACCCUCUCCUCACCACGCUCACCGAGUGCGUUGCCAUGAUGAGCGACAAGGCCAAGAAGUCCAUGGUGUUCCUGCUGAUGCAGGACAGCGCCCCCACGAUAGCCAUGGACCUGUCGCUGCAGUACCGCCGCGAUGUCGUCUUCUGCCAGACGCUCACCGCUCUAAUCUGUGGCUUCAUUAUCAAACUGAGGAACUGUCUCCGUGACAACGGAUUCCUCCGACAGCUGUACACCAUCGGCCUGCUGGCUCAGUUUGAGUCCCUGCUCAGCACCUACGGUGAGGAGCUGGCCAUGCUGGAGGACAUGAGUGUCGGCAUCAUGGAUCUCCGCAACGUCACCUUUAAGGUGACCCAGGCCACCGGCAGCUCCGCCCCCGACAUGUUGCCGAUCAUCACGGGGAACCGGGACGGCUUCAACGUCCGCAUCCCGCUGCCGGGAACCAUGUUCGAUGCGCUGCCGCGGGAGAUCCAGAGCGGCAUGCUGCUGAGGGUGCAGCCGGUACACUUCAACGUGGGCAUCAACGAGCAGCAGACGCUAGCGGAGAAGUUUGGAGACACGUCCCUGCAGGAGAUCAUCAACUUGGAGAGUCUCUCCAGGCUAAAUUCGUAUUACGAGCAGUUCAAAGAAGUCCUGCCUGAGGACUGUCUCCCAAGGUCUCGUUCUCAGACUUGUCUCCCUGAGCUGCUGAGGUUUCUGGGGCAGAACGUCCACGCCAGGAAAAACAAGAACGUGGAUGUCCUCUGGCAGUCAGCCGAGAUCUGCCGGCGACUGAACGGGGUUCGCUUCACCAGCUGCAAAAGCGCCAAAGACCGCACGGCCAUGUCGGUGACCCUGGAGCAGUGCCUGAUCCUGCAGCACGAGCAUGGCAUGGCGCCGCAGGUCUUCACGCAGGCCCUCGACUGCAUGCGCAGAAUUGGGACGAGGGAGGGGGUGAUACAGAAGAACCUGAGCGGCUUGCUUCCGGUGCGUGACUUCCGAUUGGACCCCAGCCUCCUGUACUCGCUGCCCCUGCUGGCCCUCAGCCCGAACCUCCUGGUGGUGUGGAUCUUCCUCAGCAUGGCCUAUUUCCUGGCCAAGCUCCGCUGCAGCUGAACGGGCCUCGGAGCCGCUCUCUCUUCUGGCUGCAGACGUAUAUGUGGAGGCAUUGGGAAGCUCCUCGCUGACUCCUGAGGGUGCAGCAAAACCCCACCUCCCUUGUUUUUGUUUUAUUUUGUUUGUAAGCACUUCCUGUUUGGUGUUUUUCCUUUUUAUUGAGCUGCAAAAAGGUACAUGUGUUGAUAUGGAAAAAUAACAACACAGACGUUAUGGUGCACUCUUUGAGACAGUUCAUGACGUUCACACUAUAAGCCAGAUGAAUCUGAACCACGUUCGUGUUUUCAAGAUGAAAUCUGUUCCUCUUCCGUCUUCAUUGACGUACUUUCUGUUCCUGUUGUCAGACAAGCAAACAAGCUUAAAUUGUGUCACUGAAAUGCCAUUAAAUCUAAACGUUAUGAUCAGAAAGUGGUCCAACUAAACGUAACUUAAUGACCGCACCUGUGUGUUGUCAUUUGCCAUAUUGACAUUUAAAAUGAGUGACCAGAGAGAGGUCAGAGGUGAUUACAUGUUUUAAAGGUCACACAGACCGCAGCCUCGAUUGAGCAGCGACUCAUUCUCCAUGUCUUUACCCCCGUGUGAGACUAUUUAUGUCCAUUUCUGGGUGAGAAAAGCUGCUUAAUGUUUAUGCUGUGUUGUCCCAGACGGUUCUAUAACGUCAAGGUGGCGCUUCCAGAGGUCCCCCCCCCCUACCCCCCCCAAUGGUUUUAAAAGGUGCAUUCGCAUCUAAAUCUCUCUGAUACCUAUGUGGUGGAUUGCGCCCUCUACUGGACAGAUCUAAGGUCUGUGUGACUGUCAGCGACCGCUCUGCCUUAUUCUUCAUCCACUGACGACAAAACACAAAAGGGCCAGUUUGUUGUGAAUAUGUAUAAAAGAAACAUGCCGAUUUAUAUAUAAAUAUUGCUUUCAGGAAAGAGUUAUUGUUGAUGCUAACUAUUAUAAUGGAAAUCUAUUUAUCUUUGUUUGUGCAAUUUGUUUGGUUUAUCAUUGUCUUCCAUGUGCUUUUUGCACCCCUCAAACGAAAGCUUUUAUUUUAAGUUAGGUUAUACAUAUAUAGCUUUAAUGAGUCGAGUGAAGUAACUGAUUUUAUUUAUAACGAAUGAGGAAUGUAGCAUUGUGCCAAAAUGCAUCACUAGGCUUUUAACGAAUUAAUCCAGGUUUGUUGAAUUAUUAUACAACUUCUUUACACGUUGGAAACCGGCUGUGUAGAAAUCGAUAUAUUCGCCUGUGAAGCUGAAGGAGAGCAUCGGCCUCCUCUCCAGAGUUUCUAGGCUGCGUCUCAUUAAUAUCGACCCAGGAAGGGAAGGAAUCGGACCAUAAAUAGCCUCCUUUGGGAGCGUGGCCCCCUCUCGUGACCCCUGAACUCGCCAAUCCGCCAGCGAUGAGUCUUUUCUUCCCAGUGAGGGAUUCAAUAUCUCUGACUUCUCAAACCAGUUUGCAGUGCUUGUUUUUGUGUUUAUCGUCCAGUAGAAACACACUAAAAAAUAAUAUUUCCUAAAAAAAAAAUGUAAAAAAUUUAUUGAAAAAGAACAUUUCCUAAAAAAAAAAAAAAAGGUUAUUUUUAACCUUUUUUAUUUCAGGAAAUGUGUGUAUCUCGUCGCUCCAGUUUAGAUCUACCUCUGUGAGACAAGUUAUACGUUAGAGUUGAAUAUAAAGAAGUAGAUAUUAAUAUAUGAAUACAUCCAAUAUAGAAAUAUGUAAUUACAUAAUUGCUUAGCAGCAGGGAUGUGAAAGAAUGGGAACUAUUUUAUGUAAAAUAUAUAAAACUUUGUUUUAAAAUGAAGUAAUAUGUUAAAUUUCUAAUAUAAUUAUCCUUAAUUCAAUACUUAUACAUAUGUGUAACUACACUAAAGUGCUUCCUUAGAUUUGAAUUAAAAUCACUGAUGGAUAAAACAUAUUUUUCUUUUCCUUGUUUAUUCUUAAGAAUCCAGAUGUAUCAGAGAAUAUAUUUGUAUUGCUGUACAUAAGUUGUAUUUGUUUGCUAUAUCUUAAAUGAAUCCAAAACAGAUUUUUUUAAUAUAUAUAUAUAUAUAUAUUUAUUUAUUUUUCCUUGUGCCAUCACCGCCACGCUGUCACUUUAUAUCACAGUUCAGUUUGUCUUGUUUAAAAUGCAGAUGUAUUUGUUUUUGUGUGUAAUUACUGUUGAUUUAAUUUACUUUUCAUACUGAGAUGACAACAAUUUGCACUUCCCCUAAACCGCAUGUUUACAAUAUAAAUCAUAUUGUGUGAACAGGUAUUUAUGUUCAUUGAGAAUAAUUAAUUACCUAAAGCUGUUUUAUUAUGUCAUUAUUGUCAAAGUGGAAUGUAUUCGUUUUUUAUUCUAAAAUCUGGCUUUUUGCUGUCAAAAGUAAUCAGUUUGAUCCCGAUUCGAUCAAUUAGCAGUCGGUGCGUCUUCUCUGAGACUGGAGCGAAAACCUCCAGUCAGUGUGUCCCUGAACGCCACACCCUGCUGUAAUAAACGUCCAGUCAGUGUGUCCCUGAACGCCACACCCCGCCGUAAUAAACGUCCUGUGCCUCCGGCUGCAGAAUUAA